AUGCAUCUGGUUGUGGUCCUGGGGCUCUGUCUCUCCUGUUUGCUUCUCCUUUCACUCUGGAAACAGAGAUCCAGGAAAGGGAAGCUUCCACCUGGCCCCACUCCUCUCCCUAUUAUUGGAAAUAUCCUGCAGCUAGAUGUUAAGGACAUCAACAAAUCCUUCAUCAAUCUCUCAAAAGUUUAUGGCCCUGUGUUCACUCUGUAUUUGGGCUUGGAGCCCACUGUGGUGCUGCAUGGAUAUAAAGCAGUGAAGGAAGCCCUGAUUGAUCUGGGAGAGGAGUUUUCUGGAAGAGGCAGUUUCCCACUGGCUGAAAGAGCUAAUAAAGGACAUGGAAUACUGUUCAGCAACGGGAAGAGAUGGAAGGAGAUCCGGCGCUUUUCCCUCAUGACCCUGAGGAAUUUCAGGAUGGGAAAGAGGAGCAUUGAAGAUCGUGUUCAACAGGAAGCCUGCUGUCUUGUGGAGGAGUUGAGGAAAACAAGUGCCUCACCUUGCAAUCCCACUUUUAUCCUGGGCUGUGCUCCCUGCAACGUGAUCUGCUCCGUUAUUUUCCACAAUCGUUUUGAUUAUACAGAUCAGAAUGUUCUUAACUUGUUGGAAUUAUUCAACGAAAAUGUCAAUAUUCUGAGCUCCCCAUGGGCGCAGGUCUGCAAUAAUUUCCCUGCUGUUAUUGAUUAUAUCCCAGGGAGGCAUAAAAAAUUACUUAAAAAUGUUGCUGAUAUAAAAAGUUAUCUUUUGGAGAAAAUAAAAGAACACCAAGAGUCUCUAGACAUUAAUAAUCCUCGAGACUUCAUUGAUUGUUUCCUGAUCAAAAUGGAACAGGAAAAGUACAACCAAUACUCUGAAUUUACUGUUGAAAAUUUGGUAACUACUGCAUUUGAUUUAUUUGCUGCUGGGACAGAGACAACGAGCACCACCUUGAGAUAUGGACUCCUGCUUCUGUUAAAGCAUCCAGAGGUCACAGCUAAAGUCCAUGAAGAGAUUGACCGUGUGAUUGGCAGAGACCGAAGCCCCUGCAUGCAGGACAAGAGCCACAUGCCCUACACUGAUGCUGUGGUGCAUGAGAUACAGAGAUACAUUAACCUCGUCCCCAACAACCUUCCUCAUGCAGUGACAUGUGAUAUUAAGUUCAGAAACUACCUCAUCCCUAAGGGCACAACCAUAUUAACAUCCCUGACUUCUGUGCUGCAUGAUGAUAAAGAAUUCCCCAACCCUGAGGUGUUUGACCCUGGCCACUUCCUGGACAAGAGUGGCAACUUUAAGAAGAGUGACUACUUCAUGGCUUUCUCAGCAGGAAAACGAAUGUGUGCAGGAGAGGGGCUGGCCCGCAUGGAGCUGUUUUUAUUCCUGACCACCAUUUUACAGAAAUUUACCCUGAAAUCUGUGGUUGAUCCAAAGGACAUCGACACCACUCCGGUUGCCAAUGGAUUUACUUCUCUGCCACCUUCUUAUCAGCUCCAUUUCAUUCCUCUCUGAAGAUGGGCAGACCAUCUGGUUGAUGAUAUGCUGCCAUCUGCAACUCCCCCUCCUUUGUGUUCAUCUCCUUCCUGCCUCAUCCUUUUCCCAGGAAUGCUUUCUCUUUCCUCUCCUCUUUCCAUUACCCCAUUCCCUCAAUAUUCAGUGAAGAUCCAGCCUCCAUUAAGUAGAGUUUCCUGAUUUCACGGCAUAGUACAUGCCUCCUAUUCUUCAUACUGUGUAACACUUGUAUUGGCCACUGCAUAC